CGUAUGGAGUAAUAUUAAAUUCGGGGCUCAAAUAUCGACAUUUGUACACACCUACCGCCGAGGAUUUUAUACCAAUAUCAAAAAUAUCACCGACCUCUGUGAAUUUCUGGACGCCUAAGCGGAAUGUAUUUCUGUCCUCAGCAAUGGAGGACAGAAUACAUAUGGCGCCGUCGUGCAAGAUGCAGCAAUUAUCGCGUACAUCAAGACUGAAGGACAUGCCAUUAAACUGUAUCCUACGAUACUGGAGGAUAUCAGUUCCGCAACGAAGAGGCACAGAUACUUCAACAUCAGAAGACGCAACGACCCUCACCCUAUUUGCUCCAUGAGCCUGAAUCUCCGCCAUUCUGUUCGCGAAUUGCUGAAGAGGGGAAAGCAGAGAAAGAAUCUACAGGACCAAGACGUCUUACAUCAUCAGUCAAAUGUAGAAGACCAUGUACAUUAUAGGAACAGAAAUUUGGGCCAUACAACUCUUCACUACGCAGAACAAAUUUUUGCAGAGCAAGCUCUGCAAAAUUCAGAAACUGAUUCGACGGAGAUUUUGACGCUAAAAUUCUAAUAGCGGUGUGAAGGAAAAGGAAAUGAGUAUAUAAAUUCUCAUUGAGGAGCCCAUAAGCCACAACCGGACCUGUAUACAACAGAAAUUGCCUAAACUCUGUUGCUUUAUACUUGGCAUAAUAUACCAGAGAUCUUGGGCGUCUUCCAAACUCAGAGGGACAAAAUUCUCUGAGUCUGUCCAGUCUUGCAGACAUAUCAGCAAGAUGGCUACCUGACAAUUUGGAUAAACGUGAAAAUUUUCCACUUAUCCAUGCAGAUAAGAUUUUUUUCGUGACGCCCAAGCAUACCAAAUGCAUAUAUUCAAAUGGAACUUGAGAAACCAUUCCAAAAGGUAGUGAUGCUAAGGGACUGCAACCUUCUUUAUGAUGGUCCUCAUCUACACAUUGAGAGUAUUGGUUGUCAGUUCUAAGCACAUGUUUUAUGCCAUUGAAGACAUAUCUACCUUCGCUGUGCGUACCAGACACUUUGCAUUUGGAACAGGGCCGGCUGGAUGUAUGGCCACGGUGGUUGAGGAUAAAAGCUCUUGCUGGUGCAUCAGCAAUAAAGCAUCUUAAUUUUAUUGGUACCUUAGUACCAUCAAGAUCUACACCACCGUUGGAAAGCAUAUGGGUUAUGUUCAUGAUGAACAUAUUGAAAAGCCUAUUAGGAUCACUAGGCUUUUGCAUUCCUCUAUAAAUGCCGACAACUAUUGGCCUUGCAUCAGCUUCGACAUCAAAAUGAAUAUACUCCCCCGGUUCUACAACAUAUGUAGGAACACGAGUCCGUGGAGUACCCAGGACAGUCCUAAUAUCCUUCGGGAGGUUGGUAAAGCAGGUAUGGGUCCGAAGAAGGUUUCAGGAACCGCUUCAGAACUACAGAAUACUGAAGAAGACAAAGAAGAAGAAGAAGAAGAAGAAGAAGAGAAACAAGAACUGUCAUCCACGUCCACACCAUGGAUGGCAUCAAUACCAUCUGCGUAAUCUGUGGAGGAUGAAGGAACAUCCGCCAGAUUAACAGGGGCAUUGAUCUCUUGAAUACAAGAAGAAGAAGAAGAA